AUGGAGGCUGCCGAGACGACUUCUCUGGGUGGCGGAGAUCGGGCAUUGCUGCUUCCUUGCGAAGGAGGCCGGCCAUUGCAAAACGUCGAGCUGCUGCAGAGAACCUUGUCUGCUCUGCUGCAACAGUCUCUUGUCCAGUCAAACGAAGAGCUUACCGAUCUCGUUUACAGGGCUUGCUUCUUUCACAACAAGCUCAAGGGCAGCCUGGCAUCGAAUCAUGAAAGCAAUCCUAUCACGGCCUCUCAGGAGCCGGGAGGAGUUUAUGAGCGCAACUUUCUGGGGGAAGUUCGAGAAGUGUUGAACUGUCUCGUCGAGCAUCACGAGCGACUGAGCUUGGAUGUGCUGUUCGCCGAGAUAUGUCGCGCGGACAAGCUUUUGCGAGAAGCCAGAGCUUUUUUGCGCCGCUGGAAGCACGUGCCCUCGAUAACGCCGGUGAUGGAAGAAAGCGCGGCAUGCGUCGCCCAUGCGCUGGCUGCAAUGGACGAUGCUCAUUUAGCUCUUUGCGAAGAUUCCCUCUGCAAUUUUACUCAGAGCAUCCACGCCGGACGGCUCGCCGUCCAUCGAGGCUGUGGUUAUUUGGACUUACUGCUGCGCUGGAUACAAGAGGGCGAGCACUGCAGCGGCGAUCGACGGAAAAGUUGCAAGCGGCGUCGUGCCUCGAGUUCUGGGCACAACAGCACAGACACGGCGUUGGUUGCACAAUACGAGAAGUCGGUGGCCGAGUCGGGCUCGAGACUGCCGCUGCCGCCUUUGCCUCCAUGUCUUCCCGAGCCAUCGGAGGUGUCCAACCCGCGGCAGCCUAGUCUGCCCGAGGAAGCUUGUCAGGCGGGGCAGGCACAGCUCUUCGAAGAGACGGUUCCACUGCAAGCGAAGAGAAACGCGACUGAGACAGAGCACACGCCAAAUGCCGUGCUGCGUGCUCAACAACUCUUGGAAGGGCUCCUGCCUUUUUUGGAACAGCAAGUGGCGGCCGUCGUCGCGGAGGCCCGUAGUCACCUCCUUCAGUGGACUUCCGGAGUCUCGCCAAACAGCGUUAUUUCAGUGGACGACACGUGA